AUGCCCGAGACUGUCGGCGAGAACGGCCAGGCCGCCCCAGGCCGUCUGCUAUUACUCUCCAACCGAUUGCCCAUUACUAUUAAGCGAUCCGAAGAUGGCAGCUAUUCAUUUUCCAUGUCCUCUGGUGGUCUUGUCACUGGCUUGAGCGGUCUCAGCAAGACCACCAGCUUCCAGUGGUAUGGCUGGCCUGGUCUUGAGGUCCCCGAUAACGAAGUCGAGGGCAUGAAGCAACGAUUAAAAGAGGAAUACGGCGCGCACCCUGUUUUUAUCGACGAUGAGCUUGCCGACAGACAUUACAAUGGUUUCUCUAACUCCAUCCUUUGGCCUCUUUUCCAUUACCACCCUGGUGAGAUCACAUUCGACGAGUCCGCCUGGGCCGCAUAUCAAGAGGUCAACCGCCUUUUCGCCAAGACAGUUAUCAAAGAUGUUCAAGAUGGUGACCUCAUCUGGGUUCACGACUAUCAUUUAAUGCUUCUCCCUCAGAUGCUCCGCGAGGAGAUUGGGAAAUCGAAAAAGAAUGUCAAGAUUGGCUUCUUUCUCCAUACUCCUUUCCCCAGCAGCGAAAUCUACCGAAUCUUACCUGUGCGAGAGGCUCUCCUUACCGGUCUUCUCGACUGCGAUCUCAUCGGUUUCCACACAUACGACUAUGCCCGUCAUUUCCUUAGCAGUUGUUCCCGUAUCCUCGAGUGUCCGACUACCCCCAACGGCGUCGAUUGGAACGGUCGCUUCGUAACCGUUGGCGCUUUCCCCAUCGGAAUCGAUCCUGAGAAUUUUGUCGAAGGGUUGAAGAAGCCAAAGGUUCAAGAGCGUAUUGCUGCCCUAAGCCGAAAGUUCGAAGGCGUCAAACUUGUUGUCGGAGUUGAUCGCUUGGAUUAUAUCAAAGGUGUACCUCAAAAGCUGCACGCUCUUGAGGUCUUCCUCACCGAGCACCCCGAGUGGAUUGGUAAGAUUGUUUUGGUUCAGGUUGCUGUACCUUCACGUCAAGAUGUCGAGGAGUAUCAGAACCUCCGUGCCGUUGUCAAUGAAUUGGUUGGCCGCAUCAACGGAAAGUUUGGUACCAUCGAGUUCAUGCCUAUCCACUUCCUGCACCAGUCGGUCACCUUUGACGAACUCACUGCCCUAUACGCCGUCUCUGACGUAUGCUUGGUCUCGUCAACUCGUGAUGGCAUGAACCUUGUCUCUUACGAAUACAUUGCCACACAACAGAAGAACCACGGCGUUAUGAUUCUCAGUGAGUUUACGGGUGCUGCUCAAUCUCUCAACGGCAGUCUUAUUGUCAACCCCUGGAACACAGAAGAGCUUGCCAACGCUCUACAUGAUGCUGUCACCAUGAGCCCCGAACAGCGUGAGGCAAACUACAAGAAGCUCGAACGUUAUGUCUUCAAGUAUACGAGCGCUUGGUGGGGUGCCAGCUUUGUCGCUGAGAUGACUCGUCUUAGUACUGAGGGCUCUCAGCACAAGACCAUCCGUAAUGUUCAGGGUGCUGUCAUUGGCCUUGAGGAAAAGGCCGAGCAGGCCAUCGCUGAUCUUGGAAAGAAGGCCGAAAAUAUGCUGGGCAUUAACGAGACAAAACAAGACGAUUCAAGCGCAGAGCCUCCUCAAUAA